AGAGGGAAACUUUGACAAUUUCCGAGCGGCGAAUCGUGACAGUUGUUGACAGUGCGAUGUUUACACUUUACUGCAGAACAACAAAAAUACGCAGCUUGGCACGGGAAUUUGUACAUUUAAUUUAGAAAUUAAUCUUUGUGCAUAAUAAUCGUGCAAUAGCGAGGCAAGGGAAAUGACGAACCAAGAGCGCAAUAUGCUGCGGAAGUCGGAGUUUCCUGAUAUGGCCAGGGAUGCUCUACCAAUCAUAGAAAAUCUCAUCAUUAACCGAAACAAACAUGAUAUGGCCAUGGACUUGAUUGCGGAAUUCGUAUUUCGCGAGCGUCGCGAUGAGCCACGCGGUGCUCAAUUUUCAAAACAAACCACCCAGCAACCGCGCCUUUCAUCAAUCGAAGAAUUUCAGCUAGUGCUGGUGUUGUGCGAAUUCUUCUCCCGUCCCGGUCCGGAUGCUACUCGUAAUGCGGUGUUCUUGUCACUGUUUGGUGGGUCGAACGUGCGAACAAGUGUUCUGAAUAAGCUGAUUAGUACGGCAGUGUCGGGUUCGAUUGCACCUCUACUAUGUGCGGCAGGAACUUGGAUGCAGCAGCUGGGAUGCACUUCACCAGCUAGCCUAGAGUUGGCGCAGUGUAUCGUGCGGGAUUUUGUUAUCUUUUCGAAAAACUCUUCCGAACAGCUGAAAUCAUUACCGCUGGUAGCACCACGCUUUGCCGCCAACCUUAUGACGGCCGUGACAGAUUUGUAUCUAAAUGGGACGACAAAAUCGCAACUCAUCCCACCUCCUGAUCUUUUGCUGGACGUGAUUACGGACUGGGUGUCGGAGAAUCCUUCCCUUUGUCUUGCUUCCCAGCAGCAGCUGGCUCUUCCUAGUGGGGCCAUCGCGAUGCCGGUGAUAACUCCGCUUGCUGGUCUCAUCCGUUGGUGUGUGCUUUCGCUGCUGGUUACGAGUAAACAGGAGCUAUACAGUAAACUUCAUCUUGCCGUACUGCAAAGCUUGUUGGAAGCGACACCACCCGUAACGAUACCACCAACCUUACAGCCGAUCAACGCUCAACAUUUAAUGGUUAUAGUGAACACAAUCCAGGCAGAAACGGAGAGUCUAACCAAGCAGGGUCAAUCACUGGAUGAUGAGAAUCUUCAGAACUGCUUGGAACGGUUUGCUCAAGCCGUCCAGGUAGGACUCACGUCGCGUUGCAUCUUUGGUAACAUCACGCAGCUAAUGUUUCGGCUGGAAGCACUGCCAGGCAAGAACAAGCUGCUGCAAAUUGUCAUUAAUGCAAAUAAAAACAAUUAA